GCCUCCUGGAGGCUCUUUUUCUUUCCUGGGUGGAAAUUUCCUCUUCAGAUUCUUUGAUCGAGUCCAAACCGUGACGGCACGGAAGACGGGCGCAGAUCAACGUCCUGAUUUUCUGAAGCAAAGAGUGAGGCGGUGCCACAAUGGGUGACUUUAAUCAUGUGAUAAUAUGUAAGGUGUCGACACGUUACACAUUUUAAGUAACGAGCCCGACGAUGACGAGCGGCUGUGCGUCUUGGACGCCGGAGACGCGCAACGGCAUGAGGAGCUCAGUCUGUUUGGAGCCACCGGCUGAGAUCAUUCAUCACUCCCAGCACUGACCGACCGGCCGACUGAACAGAUAGCGGGAUACAAACAGACUCCUUAUGUCUCUGUGAAAUAUCCGUCAACAAAAGAUGGAUGUCCUCCUCGCCCCCCCCAAAAGAUACGACAGCGACGGGUGAGUGAAAUCGGAGAUGCUGCACACGGCGGCCAAAAUCCCGGAGCUUUUGUGAACAGGGCUGUGGGUGUGUGCGCGUCAGGCUCGCUGUUAAACCUUCAGACUGCACUCGCCAACUUCCCCCGCUUUCAUCAAGUCAUGUCUGAUACAGAGCGAUGGGCAAGUUUGACGACAACGAGAGGAUAAUCCUCAACGUCGGGGGGACGAGGCACGAGACCUACAAAACCACCUUAAAGACGCUGCCGGGGACGCGACUGGCCCUGCUCGCCUCCGAUUCGGACAUCGACUCCGUGCUGGAUCAGCUGCAACAAGUCCCCGGCUUCAUCGAGUACAACGCGCGGACCAACGAGUACUUCUUCGACCGUCACCCGGGCGUCUUCGCCUACGUGCUCAACUACUACCGCACCGGCAAGCUUCACUGCCCGGCGGAUGUGUGCGGACCGCUGUUCGAGGAGGAGCUCUCCUUUUGGGGCAUCGAUGAGACGGACGUGGAGCCCUGCUGUUGGAUGACAUACCGACAGCACCGGGACGCGGAGGAGGCUCUGGACGUGUUCGAGCUCAACGUGGACAACGGAGACGAGGACGACGAGAUAGGGAAGAGACUCGGCAUCGAGGACGUGGCUGCCGACGGGAAUGUCAGCCUGUGGAGGAAGUGGCAGCCGGUAAUCUGGAAUCUGUUCGAGGACCCCUACUCAUCCAGGGCGGCGAGGUUGGCCAUGGCUGGAUUAGGAGGGUAACAAAAAAAAAGAACAAAACAGAA